GGAGAACAGGACUGGACAGGAGGGAGGAGAACAGGACUGGACAGGAAGGAGAAGUACAGACUGGACAGGAAGGAGAAUGACAGAGCAUAAAGGAAGGAUGAAGCUGUCGGGGAGGUCAGCUUGGCCUUUGCAGCUUGCCCUCCUUGUCGCCAUGGUGAUGUUCUGCAGUUGCCCUGUGUCCGCUGGCAGCCGUAACCAUCGGGGCCAGACAGUCUCCUACCAGGUGAAGCAAGGGACGUGUGAGGUGGUGGCUAUACACCGCUGUUGUAAUAAGAACAAGAUUGAGGAGCGCUCUCAAACCGUCAAGUGCUCCUGUUUCCCCGGCCAGGUGGCUGGCACAACAAGAGCCAGGCCCUCCUGUGUGGAAGCCUCCAUCGUGAUACAGAAGUGGUGGUGUCAGAUGAACCCCUGCAUGGAGGGAGAGGAGUGUAAGGUGCUCCCUGAUCUGACUGGCUGGUCCUGCAGCACUGGAAACAAAGUAAAAACGACCAAGGUCACACGAUAGCAAGAGAAAAUAACUAAGCAGAACUCAAGUCAGAAUCACCAACUCUCUCUACUGUAAACUCCAUGUGUAAAGAAAGGAUGGCACUUAUAUGAGAUUCAUACUAUCAACUGAAGGAAGACCGCGAGUCAUCCCGUCACACUGAGGUGUGACAAAAACUAAAGAAAAGUAAAAAAAAAAAAAAAGAAAAAGACACUUUGACGGACAGAGAAACUGAGGGAGAGCGUACCACGUGCCGGUAAAACAUGCACUACAGACUUCAUGGAUCCCCAGGGUGCACAUCGUAUUCUCAGUAAAGACUACGUCUGAAGACAACAAUGAAAGGCUUUCGCCUGUUAAUGAACAAAUGGGAAAAUCCAAAGAGAUGCGAUGUUGCAAUGUUACUGUGUGUUUCUAAGGCUGUUGGACUGGACACAGACCUGCUUUGAGUAGACAGUGGAGGGUUGCUGCUCUAUCAGGAUCACUUUCUAUUCAUGAGCUGGGAGGGGAUGAGCUCAUCACUUGUGAAUCGCAAAUGAUUGUGAAAUUACUCUUGUGGGUCAAGUCAGUACCAUGGCGAUGUUUUCUGAGAGUCAUUUUGCAGUUCUAAUUAGGGUUGCUUACUAGGAUCAUAACAACAUAUUAAAAAUUAAUGUAAGAUAUUUGCACUAGUUAAAGACCGUUUUCAGAAUGUUUUGUUUUUCUAGUUAUUUCUCGUAUUUUGUUGUUGAUGUCACAAUACUGAAGACAGGAAGAGCUUUUCUGAGAGUUCUUUUUGUGAUGUUGAAGUGUUCUCACACCCUUCUCCUUGGUAGAGUUGCUGGUUGUACAAGUUAAUUCAUGGCUCAGAUUUAAGAGAUUGUUCACUUUGAAAAUACUUUGCAGUGUAAUUUGAUUAAUUGAUAACAGCCUAAUAAUCUGGACAUUUGUUUCCACCAAUCUAGAUCUAAAGGUAACUUUCUAUUUUUUCAUAAAAUGAGUUAAAACUAUCAUUUGAAACUGAACUAUAAAAGAGGCUUACGUUCUGCUUGUUGAAACUAUCGACACACGUCUCAAUUUCAAUCCGGAAGCUUUUGAAAGCAAAAAGUUGAUGAUACCUGUGACAUCUCUUAUGUCAACUGUAACAUAUAGUGCCCAAAAACCAUUAAAACAUAGGUCUUUAUG